AUGUCGUCGUCCGGAGAAGAAAAUUGUUCGCAGAGUCCUGCAAUGCAGUUUCUUGAGGAACCGAACCCACAUGAGCAGCCUUCUGUUUCCACUCCAUCGUCAUCAAACAUCCCUUCAAACCCGUCACCACCCCAGGCCCUGAUGGCUUCUAACUCAUCACCACCACCAGUGCCACAGCCACCUACCAUGAAUCCACUGUUUCAGGCACUUUCUACCCCUACUCCACGACCACGACCACCACCGCCACAAAGAUUUUCUAAUUAUCAAGAUAACGAUAGUUAUUUCAGUACUUUCCCACCGGGAUAUAGAUUUCGCCCUUUUGAUUAUGAGCUGGUGUUGCAUUACUUGGACAAGAAAGUCAAGGGUCUGCCAUUGCCUAUGAACAGGAUUAUUAAUGCUGAUCUCUAUCAAUUCGAUCCCGAGGAUCUUGCAGCUCAAUAUAGUCAUCAUGGAGAAAACGAAUGGUACUUUUUCACACCGAGGAAGAGAAAGUAUAAAAACGGAACUAGACCGAAUCGAGCCGCAGGUGGUGGAUAUUGGAAAGCCACUGGAGCUGACAAGGGAAUCACGUAUCAAAAACCUGUUAUUGAAGCUGGUAAUACAAUCACAUAUCAGAAAAAGCUUGUUGGACACAGGAAGGCGCUCGUUUAUUAUGCCGGAAAGCCUCCAAAGGGUGACAAAACCAACUGGAUAAUGCAUGAGUUUAGAUUGGACGCUCCCCCUCUUCAUGUCAGAAAUAAUAGAGACGACAUGAGGCUGGAUGACUGCGUUCUGUGCAGGAUUUACAAGAAAGGUAAGAAGAGUACGCCUGCUAGUACCAAUGUCAGAAAUCGACAAAGAUAUGAGGAAAAUCCUUUAUUGACAAUCGAUGCUGAUGAUGAAGAUUACAUAAACGAUCAUGAUUGUGAUCCAAAUCAUCUAUCUGCUAUAGAGGCUAGCUUUGCCGGGGAGAUUUACGGCAUGGUUACUAAUUCUUUAGAGAAUUCAUUCCCGAUACUUGAUGAGUUAAGCCAACAACAGACUGGUACAAGCAUAUUCCCAGAUGCUAAUAAGUUCUUUAUGUUUCAAGAUUCACAGAUCCCUGGUUUGGAGGAGACAUUUGGAACUCCUGCCCCAGUGGACUCCAUUAAUCCUGAAGACCGGUCAUCCGAGCAAAUGGGACUCCACGAUGAAUUUCUGAAUCCUAUAUACUCUUCUCCUUUUAAUAUCCCUGACCAUUUUUUUAACCUCUAUUCUAUCAUGCCAACUAAUCUUCCAAUGAAUCCUUCUCCUCUUGUCAACGUUUGUCCCAUGAACACUGCUCCUAUUCGCAGCCUUCCUCCCAUGAAUACUGCCCCUUCCACUGGCGACCUUCCUCCCAUAAAUACUGAUCCACUUACUGCCCCCUUUCCUCCCGCAAAUCCUGCAAAUAGUCAGCCAACCUCGGAGAUAAUGAAUGCUGCUCCCAAUCAUCCUGGACAGCCACCUCAGCAUCGAUGA